GCAGAGAGAAUCUUCCUCUUGACUCUUGUAGAGAACCGCUGCGAUUUGAUGGAUUUAGUUCCUUAUUCUUGUAUAGAAGGUUAUAUAGAUGCCACACAACUUUGGAUGGGUUUAAUUUUGAUGAUGGAAAUGUGGAAAGAAAGAAGGACCUCUCUUUGGAAGAGUUCCAUCAUGAAUAUGCUGGGAAGAAGCCGGUAUGGUGUAAAUUUUCAGUUCUAGGGGUCAGUGGGUUAUGUUGAACCGAAUAACAUGUACAAAUCCUUCAUAAAAUAUCAAAUAGUUAUGCUGAACCAUGUAAUCCUUUGGCUUUUAGAUCUUCUCGUGGUGGAGAACUUAAUGUUCCAGUAAUGGAUUUCUCUUAAAUAUAGUUUUAAGCUUUUAAUAUAUAAUUUUAAGACUUUAGGAUAACUUCCUGUCCUUUGUAGAGUUCUUUUCUUGCAAAUAUGGGGUAGAAAUGAUCAAACAGGUGAUGCCAGUAGAAUUUUAAUUUACUACUAUGCAUUCUUUUACGGUAUAAUCACAUCACUUUCUUUACUUUUAUCUUGCUGCCUCUGACAUGACUACAUAAAUAUGAAUACUUUCAACAUAAUCUCCACUCAUAGUCACAUCCCUCUGCCAAGACCUAUAAUCUUAUUCUGCAAUUCUGUUCUCACAUUAUUUUCUACGGAUUAAAAGUUACUCUCUUUAGAAUAAUUAUCCAUUUCAAGGUCAGAACUUGCAAAGCAGAUGUUUUAUUGAAGGGUUCAUUGCUGAAUACCUACUAGGUUUUACUCACUGGAUUGGCUGAGUCUUGGCCAGCAAGGAGUACAUGGACAAUUGACCAGCUAUUGGUGAAAUAUGGAGAUACAGCAUUCAAGAUAUCUCAAAGAAGUCCUGGAAAAAUCUCAAUGAAAUUCAAGGAUUAUGUCUCAUACAUGAAUGCCCAGCAUGAUGAGGAUCCACUCUAUAUUUUUGAUCAGAAGUUUGGGGAAGCUGCACCAAGCCUGUUAAUGGAUUACACUGUGCCUUAUUUAUUUCAAGAAGACUUCUUCAAUAUCUUGGAUAGGGAUAGUCGACCACCAUUUAGAUGGCUUAUUAUUGGGCCAGAGAGAUCCGGUGCUUCAUGGCAUGUUGAUCCGGCGCUUACCAGUGCCUGGAAUACUCUACUCUCUGGCCGUAAAAGAUGGGCAUUAUAUCCUCCUGGAAGAGUGCCUUUGGGUGUCACAGUACAUGUAAAUGAUGAAGAUGGUGAUGUCAACAUUGACACUCCAUCUUCACUACAGUGGUGGCUAGAUUUUUAUCCACUUCUUGCUGAUGAAGACAAGCCAAUUGAGUUGACCCAACUACCUGGAGAGACCAUUUUUGUUCCAAGUGGGUGGUGGCAUUGUGUCCUGAAUUUAGAAACAACUGUAGCCAUCACACAAAAUUUUGUAAAUUCCAAAAACUUUGAAUUUGUAUGCUUUGACUUGGCUCCAGGCUAUUGUCAUAAAGGGGUUUGCCGUGCUGGAUUGCUUGCUCUUGAUGAAGGCUGUCUAGAGACAAUAAAAAAGAAUGCAUGCAAUGAAAAAGAUAAUCUGAGCUACCCAGACCUGACAAGGAAAGAAAAAAGGGUCAAAGUUAUAAAAUCUCGAGAGAAUCAAAAUAAUGAAGGAACAGCCCAUGGUGCCUCCAAAAAUCAUAACUUUUGGGAACUCGAAUUUUCAUAUGAUAUAAAUUUCUUAGCAAUGUUUUUGGAUAGAGAGAAGGACCACUACACUUAUCCUUGGAGCUCAGGCAACUGCAUAGGACCACGAGAAAUGAGGGAAUGGUUAUUCAAGCUUUGGAUUGGAAAACCAGGAAUGAGAGAGUUGAUAUGGAAGGGAGCAUGUCUUGCACUAAAUGCAGACAAAUGGCUGGAAUGUGUGUCAGAAAUCUGUACUUUUUACCAUUUACCUUAUCCCACUGAUGAUGAGAAGCUUCCUGCUGGCACGGGCAGCAAUCCUGUGAGUUUAUUGUUUUUAUAGCACUUCAUGGUCAAGUUUCCUUUACUUCUCUCAUUUUACAUUUCUUAAUUUUUAGUCUUAAGUGCUUCUUUUUGUUACUUUUGUUCAUGACUUAACUUGAAGUACAUAACUAUUAACUUAAAAUAUUCAACAUGGAAUUCAUUUAAAGAAAUAAAUUUAGGGAUAGUCUAGAUGCAGUAACGGAGUCCAUGAAUUGUGUAAUUAGGUUUAGUUUUACUAACUUUGGGGCUGAUCAAUGAUUGUACUUUAAUAUUUAUUUAUUGGCUUCCUUUUGGUGUUUGACUUCACCUGAUUGGGGAGUGGAUCUUAUGAUUCUGCUUUUGAAAUCUGAUGGAUGUCUCAAAGAAUAGUCAAUUUCAUUAUGUAAUUGAAAGGUUGAUUGCAACUGGUGUAACAUUAACCUUGUGCUACUGAGCAUAUUAAAGCUUGACAUAAACCCUCACAGCUUCAAAUGGAAGUACGGACCCAUAUGUAGUGAAAGCAUUAUGCUACUUGGUGGUUAUUUUGAUCUGUGUGGUUUACCAACAGUUUAUUUAGCUUGUUAAAGUAUAAGACUGUUGAUGUUAAAGUCUCUGAUCUUUAAGCAAAAGUUAAUGAAAAAAAAUUUAUAAAUUCUAUCAUCAGAAUAUCAGGAUAUUAUUGUUAUGUGGGUUGAUACCUUUUCAAGAGUUCUAGUUUUACAUCACUUUGUUCUGAUU